AUGUUUUUCCACCUUUUUUCGUUUCGGUUCGAUAUCAUUUUAGAUAGUCAGCAGCAAUUGUUUAAAGGUGAAGAUGUACCUUUAUUAUCUCCGGAAUAUCAGCAAAAAUUAAAUGAUUUUUAUGGUAAUCCAAAACAAAAGUGGAAAUUAAUUUACAAGGCAGCUCGUGAUGGUUUCAAGCCGGAAGAUUUUCAUAAAUUAUGUGAUAAUAAGGGUCCAACAAUGAGUCUGCUACAGUCUGCUAAAGGUGGUUAUUUAUUUGGUGGAUUUACAAGACAAUCGUGGACAAGUGUUUUAGGUUGCAAAAACGAUUCAGAAGCAUUUAUGUUUACACUGAAAAAUCCAUAUGAAAUCCCACCAACAAAACUUCCAAUCAAAAAUUAUACAAUUAAAUGUGCUGUUUUUCACAGAAAGACUGAGGGUCCGUCUUUUGGUGCAGGUGAUCUUAUCUCGAGUCCAGACUCAAAUUUAAAAAUAGUAUCACAUGUUUUUUUUCCACGUGCAUACGUUGAUACAACGGAUAAAGAUGUUGAAUUAUUUACUGGAAUAGUACAGGGUGCCACUAAAUAA